AUGGAGAAUCAGACACAGAUUACUCACUUCAUACUACUGGGUCUAACAACUCAACAGGAGCUUCAGAAACUUCUCUUUGUCCUCUUCUUACUCCUCUAUUUAGUGACUGUUCUGGGCAAUGGAACUAUUGUAUGUGUAGUGUGGACAGAGAUCCAACUUCAUACUCCUAUGUAUUUCUUUCUCAGUAAUCUCUCUUGCCUGGAUAUUUGCUAUUCUACAGUUAUCCUUCCUAAAAUACUAUCUGGUUUAUUUCUUGCCCAUCAAAGAAUAUCCUUUGUUGGAUGCAUUACUCAGCUCCAUUUCUUCCAUUUUCUAGGUAGCAGUGAAGCUCUUCUUCUAGCUGCCAUGGCUUAUGACCGCUAUGUGGCUAUAUGCAACCCACUGCACUAUCCAGUCAUCAUGUCCAGACAGAUAUGUCUUCUACUGGCAGCUACCAUUUGGGCCAUGGGGUUCUUUCAUGCUCUGAUGCAUGCAAUAAUGACAUCCAAAGUUCAUUUCUGUGGUCCCAAUGUCAUUGAGCAUUUCUUUUGUGAUAUUAAGCCACUACUGAGAUUGGCCUGCAGCAACACGAGGGUCAAUCUCAGCCUUCUCAACAUUGUCACAGGUUCACUUGUAAUGGCUGCUUUUCUCUUUACACUCCUUUCAUAUAUCUACAUUAUCUCUUUCCUUAUACUAAAGGUCAAAUCACAUAGCAGAAGAUGGAAGUCUUUCUCCACCUGUAGCACCCAUCUCACAGUUGUAUGUUUGCUCUAUGUACCCGUUUUGUUCAACUACAUCCCACCCUCUUCAGGAGACUCUCCACAGAAGGACAUGAUAGCCACUCUCAUGUACAGUGUCAUUACCUCUGUCUUGAAUCCCUUGAUCUAUACCCUAAGGAACCAGGAUAUGAAAUCAGCCAUCAGGAAAACUGUCCACAGAGUAGUGAUAUCUAUAAAGAGGUAA